AUGCGUGACGAUGAGCGGUAUCCCAUCGCCAUUGGCUCAGAUGGAUACCAAAACGGACCGGAAGUAUCACACGAAAGCCAAAUAGAUCCCGAAGGACGCGACAAAUACUUCCUCCCUCCUCCAGAGAUCAAGCCCGAGGACAAAGACAAAGACAAAGAUCUCCCAACGGCAUACUCAUCGGAUAAACAAGUUGUCGAGGGGGCAAAACCACGCAGAAUAUGCGGUUUCCGCCGCAAAACAUUCUUCAUCAUCCUCAUCGUCGCAAUUGUAGUCGUCAUUGCAGCAGUGGUAGGCGGCGUAGUCGGCGGACUUAAAUCCAAAUCGUCAGACUCACCACCACCACCUUCAUCAGACUCUCCUGAACCGCCUCUAUCCGGUCCCAUUGAGCCGUCGCAGCGCUCCAUAUCCGUGUCUGCAUCCGCAGCCCCCAAGAGCCAGGAACUCCAGCUCUUCUACCAGGAUCUUGCGACAAGAACCGUCCUGUACAGGCGCAUACAAAAUGAUAAAUCCAAGGACGAGCAGAAGCUGAAUCUGAGCAUCACGCCGAAUUGGGGCACGGCUUUGGCGGCUGCUGCUGUGAAUGGCUCGCUGCCGAUAUCGACGCAGUUGUUCUACCUUACUACCGAUGAUAGUAAUGUGACCAACAUUGCGCAGGUGUCGCUGGAUUGUAUUCCCAAUUUACCGGCAUGCGAUGUCAAGUCCAAUUCUAUCAUAACGAGAAACAUCUCGCAGACAAUUUAUGCGAAAUCGAAGCUCGCGGCGUUGAGGCUCGACAACACUACUGUGAGGGUGUACUACCAGGUUCCAAAUGGGGAUAUCUACGUCCUAAAUGGAGAUAAGGCAGAUUCAUCGGGUUGGACAACGAGUCGGAUCCGUGUGGGAGGUUACUUGGGCAGCAGUAUCGUUGCAUAUGCGCCUACAAAGACGAACAUUAAUAUCUUUUGGAUCACCAAGGAUGGCCAACUCCGGUUUAUGACGUACUCUGACAUCCUUGGUCCGCAAGCAGACGUAUUAGUAGAUGGCAGUCCGGGGUCAGAAUGGGGUCCUCAAGUCUCCAUGACAGGCGUCUUCACAUCCCGUCUUGACGUGCGGCGCGCAUUCUUCGCCAAGCCCGACAAUGGAACGCUGGUUUCGUAUUUCCAGCGCCAGGGACAGUUCAAGCCCAACCAUGACGCGAAUUGGACGAGUUCCGUGACUGGUGGCCUGACGGCGACCAUGUGGGGAGAGCAGACGAGGUUGUAUUACUUCAGUGGGAGGGAUUUGGUGGUUACGCCGCAGAGUGGGUUGACGUGGCAGAAGGUGAGGGACCUUUGA